AUGUUUGCUAAUAAUCAACAUAGCUCUCAGCGUCGCCCUAGUGGUGCAGUCAUGAUUCCAGGUGAAAACACUAGUACUGGGGGCUAUGAUCAGGAUAGCGGUCAACAGCAAAUCACAGAAGCUUACCGCAGACCAGCACCUCGUCCAUCGCCACUAUUCCCUGGUAACCACAUGCUGCCGCAGGUCGACGAGUUUUUUUCGGGCGGUUUACAACAGGAUUUAGGCCAACAAACACCAGCGCUGCUGAUGAGGGGCCCUCAACACGAAACACCGUACCAUGGCCAUAACUCACACACCCCAUUCACAGGCAGCGAGCCAUCAUCACGGUCACAAUCACAGGCUCCGAGUGGUUCUCGUGAGGGGGGCUACCAGCAAAUCUACUCAUUCCAUCAGCCUCAACAAGGAGCACCAUUGCGAAUGGAUCCUUACCAGCACGUUCCAAAUACACUUGAAGAUCAAGUUCGGGAUCUCAAUGCGACCGUUGCACACCUCGUCUCUGAAGUCGCCAGACUGACAGAGUCGAAUGAACACUUGUUGAACAUAAGUCAACAAAUCUGCCUCGAUAAUGCACAGAUGUCAGUCGCCCACGAGAAGCUGACCAGUACACAUGAAGCUCUCACCUCGCAUGUUGACGAACAUGAUGAUGCUCUCAAGAGCUUGGCUGAGAAGCCGGCACAAAAGAAGGCGGCCAGUAAGCAUGUUUCGAAUGAACACCCUGCAUUAAAACCGAUGUUUGCUGACCUUUGCGGCAUUGAGUCGUCCUUGGGGAGGAAUAAACGAGCAGAUGCGUUAACACGUGUAAAGCCAUUAGAGAGCGGUGAAGCUUACAAGACUGGGGAAGAUGAUGAAGCGAAGACUUGGCACCCAAACUGGAUUGGCCACGUUGACGAUGAAGUAAACACUAAGUUCAUAAAGGAAGUCAUAGAGCGGGUCUACAACAAUGAGAGGAUCCGCCGUGAAAAUCCUGCGUUAAAGAAUGACAUUCCUGACGACGACUUCGAUAAGGAAACCAUCACGCUAUGCACCAAAGACUACUUCCGCAAUGUACACAAACAGGCCGUGACUCGUACUGAUCUGUCAAAGAUUGAAAAGGCUAAUCGCAAGAAGACUAGCGGGCGUCAGAGGGGACAGCGUGUCACAGUCACUAGGAACCGUCGUGAAGCCACAGUGGCCUUUGAGAAAGAGACAGGAAACUUGGGUGCGGUCGCAAUGAUCGACACUAAUUACGCGUCAGAUAUCUUGACCAGCGGAGACCUGAGUGAGGAUAGUAAGAAUAGGAGGACGAUGUCGGGAGCAGGGAAUGCUGCGAAAAUGGCUGUGGGAUUGCAAUGGCAUUCUCCAGACUACGUCGCAUUUUUGCGAUUCCUCACCCUCCGACAUAUGAAGAAGUAUGACGCUGACGAGCAUGAACCAGCUGUCAAUGCCAGUACCUCGCGUCCAACGAAGCGCCGCAAAACCACGGAAGGGAGUACCAGGACAAAAGUCUAUGUGAAGAAGAUCUUUGAUAUCAGCCCCAGCCAGAUGGAUGAGGACGCACCACUGUCUGCAAAAAAUAACCUGCCAUUCAAGAAUAUGGUUGCGAAGCACUGGAGGAAAAAUCAUCCAGAGAUGAAGACACUUGACGGAGUUCCAUGGUUAGAGGGAUUCUGGACUGCCCUCCAAGACGACGACGUGAUUAAGGAGGACUAUACAUAUUUGCAAGAGCUUGAGGAGUGGCACCUGAGACAGGACAAUGGGGGAGACGAAAGCGGGGGAGACGAGAGCAGGGGAGAUGAAAGCAGGGGCGACGAAAACUGA